AUGGCGACACCAAUUCCCAGUGCUGACCGCCCUAAGCGAGAACUGAAGGUGCUCUCUCUUGGAAUGACACGCACUGGAUCGGCAUCAAUCACUCAAGCUCUCCAGAUACUGGGAUACCAAGGCGUACACCAUGGUAUUCAAGCCAUCAGUUCGCCCCUUGAGUGGCGUCUUUUCAACAAAGCCUGCGAUUCCUUCUACCCUACCCUGCCAACAUACACAGGCGGGCCCUUUACACGCGCAGACUGGGACACCCUAUUCGGGCCUUACGAAGCCAUCACCGACAUGGGCUCCUUCUUCGCCAUGCAGCUCAUCGAGGCAUACCCUGACGCCAAGGUGAUCUUGGUGGAGCGCGAUAUAGAUGAGUGGUAUGCGAGUAUGGAGGAGGCAAUCUUUGGCACAACGUGGGGACUGCGUGCGGAUUUAGUGAUUAAUGUACUAGGGCCGCUGUACGGGCUUAAUGGUGGCAAGACGAUUCGCAAAAUUAUGCUAGGGUAUUAUGGUGUGCGAGAUGUAAAGGAGAUGCGGCGGGUCGCCAAGGACAGGUACCGGCAACACUAUGCACAGAUCCGUUCUGCAGUGCCCAAGGAGCGCUUGCUCGAAUUCCGUUUGGAAGAUGGCUGGAAGCCGUUGUGUAAGUUUCUAGACAAAGAGGUGCCAGAUGUCCCAUUUCCCGUAAAGAACAAGAGAGGAGAACAUGUCCAGCGGGUGCGCCAGAAGCAGAACAUGUUCUUCAGGCAUGUUGCGGCGAGUUUUGCGAAGAAAGCGAUACUCUGCGCUAUGGGCGCUGGCGCCGUGGGCCUCAUUGCAUGGAGCAGUAGAUCAAGUGCGCAAUGGAUAGUGACAUUGGAAACUCUUAAGAAGACUUUGGUUAAGUAUUAG